UGUAAAAGGUGUGAAUGCUGACACAAAACUCAGUCAGCAAUCACUUUCAUUUUAGUCUGCACACCUCUCGACCUUAGCACCGACAAUGAGCAAGGAAUGGACAGCACGCUUGAAAAAUCAGCUGAAGAAGAGUCCUUUUUAUUCAAAUGCAAUUAUUGGCUUUUUAAUGGUGGGACUUGAGAAGCUCGUGGAGAUGGACUUUGCAUGUCCUUGUAAACCUGUGAUGAACCUGGUGUUUUCUAUCGCGUAUUUUUUAGUUCCUGCUCUGUUCUCCAGCGCACUCAUGUUUUAUAUUCAUAGCCCACAAUGCAAAACACAGUGUCUGCUCUCCACUUUAACCUGCAUCAUUCCAGCUGGUGUUUGGGUCAUGCUGCUGUUCUUUGAUGGACAGUACUACGCCUGUGCCAAAACCUCCUGGGUAGGACUGACGGUUAAGACGGAUAUAUCUGCUUCAACAACAUGGUGUAAGCCUUUAAACGAAUCUAACAACGUCACUGAAAAGCAAAUGGAAUUUUUUGGCUUUCGAAAUACUUCUCAGUUUGUGGGACUGGGCUUCCUGCUUGUGAUAUCUGUUAUCCUAUUUAUAAUUGGAUGUAAGAGGUGUUGCCAUCAAACUGCAGGAACCAAACAACCUGAAGCUGAACAAGUGGAAAUGGAGGAUCCUGGUCAAAGGUCUGUUCCCCCUCCUGAAGGAUCUGCAUUAAUGGAGGAGGAACGCAGUGUGUCUUCUGCACAGCUGUAAAUACAGAAGCUUUGAACAGAGGUCUCGCAAAGCAUCACUUAAUGUUCACAAACCUCAUGUUUAACAUGGUACAAAAAAAGGGAAAAUAACGUUUGUAGCACAUUCUCAUCCUGUUUCUCAGACAUCUAGGUGUCACAGAAACCACAUCCUGUAACUCAGUGCACUGUGUUAAGUAACAUGCUGCCCACGUUUGCUGAAGGUUUUUUUUUUUUACGCUUUUGGCUUGGUAUAUUUACUUUGAAGUUUUUAAAAUAAAAAAUGAA